UCAGGCCUACCACUGUUUUCAAUGGCUGUCAUUUUUAUUAUAAGGCGAAAUCCUUCCAGAUUGCAGUUCCUAGGGCUUCCACUAGAUGUCAACAGUCUUGUUUUUGAUUUUCCUAAUCUGCUAUGUUCAUUCUCCUAGCCUGCUGUGUUAGUUUCCUAAGUAACCUGCUACGUAAAGUCACUUCUGUCUGUAGCUGGGUUAGGCUUGAGAUUUUUGAAUGUGUAUGAAUGCAGAAAAACACCACUCGCAAACCAGAUAGCAAAACCCUCAAGGAGAUUUGUUUGCUAGCUAGCUUUCAAAGUUGUAUGUAAAUUAAAACAUGUUUGUGACGCUGUAUGGUAUUUUAUGAUAACAUUUUUUUAUCUAUCGCUCCUAAAAACGCUUUUGAUACUGUUUAAAAAUCUCUUGUAGUUACUUCAGUCUCCAGAUAGAUAUUAUUGGUCUAUUCUGGGGUCGAGAGUACUAUCAUCACACUGGCCAGUCAGAGUCCACCUGCAGUGCGUGUGUGUGUAUGUGUGUGUGUACCAGCCAAGUCUCAGGAAUAUAGAGGAUUGUAUGUCAUAUCAUAUUACUGAGUUUGUUGUUGUUUGUUGUUGUUGUUGUUUGGUGACAAGUGUCUUGUCCAGUUUUCCCCCCCAAUGCCGGGGUGUGUGUGUGUAUGCGCGCCACACGUGGGUGUGUCAUCAAACAGACAGAGGUUGUUAUUGGAACUCAUUGCCACACUGUGAACCAGUGUUUGUGUUACUUCAUUAUAGGGCUCCAAGCCACAGAUAAGGUUUACAGAUAGAGAGGAGGGUGGGACAAGGCAGGGUUACUUUUACUUAAAGGGUAUGUGAUUGUCACUGCCCUUUCACUCACUUGCUCACACUUAGGGACUGAACGAGGCUCGUACACGGGCUGCUCGUUUUCUCUACACUCUCUGCACACAGAAGCAAUAGGGUAAUGAUGACCCAGAGCCUCCAGAAUGGCUUCAGUCUGGAGAACCGCUACCUCCAGGAUCUGAAGGGGCCUCUGUCUGUCCCUCCGCCUGCUCAGGGUGCACAGAUCCUGGGUGUACGCCGGGGGUCAGGCCCUGUGGAGCCCCAUAAGGACCAAGAGAUUCAGAGGCAUCGGUCUGGCACUGUAACCGGUCAGGGUGCUUCUCUUCUGGGCUCAGGUCUUGGGCAGAUCCCUGCUCCUAUAGAUGUCCAGAUGUGCCAGUCUAUCCAGCCACGCCAUGCAGAUCACCAAGGAGACCUGAGUACUGGGCAGCUACUCAAAUGGAUGGACACCAUCGCAUGCCUCACGUGUGUGUGUGUUUGUCCCUUAGCUGAACGUCAUGCUGGGACGGCGUGUGACACUCUCCAUGGACGACAUCCAGUUUGAGGAGACUGACAGGGUUGGUCAGGUGAUCACCAUCACGGUAAUAGAACAUUCACCACAAGCAUGGAGCCAGCGGGACCAGAAAAGGUGGUGUUGCGGCCGGUGGAAAACCUGGGUUCUGCAGAGGAGCAGCUGCUUCAUUCUCUGGCCUCAGAGAGACGAAGACUCUACAACGAACAGACGUUCAGUACCCUGCUACAAGACUACCGCCCACUAGCCAACGGUGGGUGUAGCAGGAGAGACCCACAGUCUGCCGUGUCCACAGCGUUCACGCAUGUGGAGAGCGUCGAGCUGGUCCUGCCUCCACACGCUAAUCACCACGGCAACACCUCCGGACGACAAAUCUUGGCUUGGAUGGAGAACGCAGCCACAGUGGCAGCCAGUCAUUUGUGUGGCCGCUUCCCUCUGAGGUCUGUAGACAUGUUCCGCUUCAGAGGGCCCUCCUCUGUAGGCAACAGACUGGUCUUUAAGGCUGUGGUCAACAACACAUUUAACAACAGUAUUGAGGUAGGUGUCCUGGUGGAGGCCUGUAACUGUGAGGAGUGGACCGCGAACAAAGUGUGUCACAUCAACAGCGCCUUCCUCAUCUACCAGCUGUCUAACACACCUGGAGACUACCUUCCUGUCCCUCAAGUCACAUACACCAACAAGGACUGGGAGAGGAGAUACCUGUCUGCCAUCGUAAGGAGAUAAUUAUUGAUGGCUAGAAAGCACACCCUGUCCUGUAAGGAGGAGGCUCCUAUCUCUGUCCCCUGGGAUAAAAGGAACCAGGUUAAGAGUCAACCCGCAUAUCACUACAAGACUGGGGAAGCCAGCAGCAUCAAUGACAGGAUCGGUGUGUUUGUCCAUGAGGAGGAGCUGCUUUGUGUCCCAAGUUCAGAUGGUCAUGACCUCUGCCCUCCAUGCCUUCACCCUAUUGGCUGACCUCACACUGUGACCUCUUUGGGGGACACUAUCUCUGUGAGGAGGUAGAUGGGGCCGAUGAGGAGGAGACAGUGUACCACAUUAAAUGCCCACCCCCCAUCAACGGAGGCAAGAGCCGAGACUUCGUGUUCCCAUUGUCAAGGAGACAGCCCUGCGACGACAAGGACCCCUAUGUGCUAGGCCUGAGGUCUGUAACCGUGGAAACAUCUCCCCCCCUGACCUCGCCUUCUGGACGAUAGCGGGGUGAACAAGCAGUGGCUCGGGUGGUUGUUGUCCUUGACGAUCGUUAGCCCUCACAAUUCAGAGACAAUGUGUUAAAACCAUGUGUUCCAGGUGUGUUACCACAACCAGGUGAUGUCAGGCGUGUUGCCGCAUGUAACCUGGCAGGCUGGUCUAAGUCUAGGGAGGAGACGGCUAGCACACGUACCACCUUCCCGGAGAGAGACACCACACACACUAAACCUGAGUCUGAUUUUGGAAUUGAUACUAUCGGGAGACUCAUGAUUCUAACGAGACACCUCUAGUCUCUAGUCGAGCGG